AUGAAGAAAUACUGCUGUGCAACCUUUAUUUUCUUAAUUAGUCUAGUAUUUAUAAUUUAUUCAGUUAAUUUCUAUUUCUUGUCGCGUUUAAGUCGUCAGGAUAGUAAUAAAAUUAAAUCAAAACUUAAUAGUCAUGAGAUUUUUGAAUAUAACGAUAUUGAAGACGAACGAAUUAAUCACGAAAAUGUCAAACUUAAGACGAUUUAUCGAAAUAGAAAUCCAAAAUAUACUUCACUAAAAGAUAAACUUAUUAAUAAUUAUAAGCCAUGCAAUCGCUCAUUGAAUUUUAGUCAAAUAUGGGAAACAGUUGAUUCUUGGUCACGGGAAACUUCUAAUGAGAUUUAUCCAGCAUACAGUUCGAGGAUGUGCCAGUUUUUGUCAGCACUCCGAGAAGUUAAAAUAUUAUCAGCACAGAAUUUUCGCAAAGGAACACAAUUAAAGCUUAAUUUCACCAUCGAAGGUGGUAAAACAGUUGUUUUUAAGCCUGCAUGGUACAACCGAAAUCAAGUGAUUGAGGGAGAGGUUUACGCUGGAAAGGAUAGACAUAAUUCAGAAAUAUUUGCCUUUUAUCUUGGUGCUGUGUUAAAUUUUCGUUCAACAGGUUUAGUUGUCGGUAGAUCAAUAAAUAUCAGGGAUAUAUUGGAGAUAGCAGAUAAGGAAUUAAGAGAAACGAUUAUAUCGAAAGGUAAUGGAACAAAACUUUGCGUAUAUGGAAAAUGUUUUUAUUGUAAGCCAUCCGAGUCAGUUUGUGGAAAUAAGACACAUUAUAUUGAAGGAGCCUUCUUAUAUGAGAUUAGUGGACCUCUCCAAAAGCAUAAAUCUCCCUGGCAAAGAACUUACAAGGAAGGAGCUAAAGCUCUAUGGGAAAUUGAGAGUGACAAUAAUAAUUAUUGUGAUAAUGUUAAGCAAAAACUGUCACUUGUUCGAUUACUUGAUCUCAUUGAUGCCUCAAUCUUCGAUUUUCUCAUACAAAACGGUGACCGUCAUCAUUAUGAAACGAGAAAGAAUCGAGUGAUAUUGCUCGAUAAUGGAAAAGGGUUUGCAAACUUUCGUACCGAUUUUACAGACAUUUUAGCUCCGCUUUAUCAAUGUUGUUUAAUACGAAAAACAACAUAUGCACGCUUGCUGGUCUUUACUGGAGGUGCACUGACCGAAAUACUUAAAGAAUUGACCAAAAAUGAUUUGCUUCAUCCAAUUUUAAUUGAUAAGCAUUACUACGCACUUGAGAGACGUUUAUUGAAAAUUUUUAGCAUGAUUGAAUUUUGUAAGACGAAAUAUGGAAAUUCAAUAUUUCAAUAA